UCUCGCCAUUUUGAGUCCAGAGUGAAGCACUUUUUUCACCCCAGGAAUAAAAGCAGCUCAUCACGAGCAGCGAGGCCAAAGAUCAGACACAACUGCUGCAUCAGAAUGGAAGACAGUAGUGGUGUUGCUGUUCUUGUGCCUCACUCUAGAGGCCAACAGGACACAGUCUUCAUUCCUGACAGAUGUCUUCAUGGUGUCGAGGACCAGCAACGCCAGCAGCAAAAGCAGGCCGCUGACUCUCUUAUUCAGGUCAUUGAGAAGCUUAGCAAAAUUGUGGAGAAGCGACCCCGACGAUGCACCAUCUCUGGGAAAAAGAGACCCCCAAUUACUUGUGCUUCUGUAAUUGUUCCAGACAUCAGGGAUGACACUAAAGUGACCACACCUUCUAAGAAACCCAGAGAGCAAAGGGAUGACCGACUGACAUCCAGCAGCACAACUGGGCACUUGAUCAAACAGGGGCCUUCAAGUCCAGGUGCCCGGACAGUUACGUGCUACCAGUGCAGUAUGUGCCGAUUUAUAUCUCCUACAUUGGAGCAGUUGAAAGAGCAUCUGCUCUGUCAUGACGAGCAGCACAGCGACCUCAUCCUCAUGUGUUCAGAAUGCCAGUUCACUUCAAACCACCAAGAAGAAGUGGUAGCACAUGUAAGACUCCAUCUGGAGGAGGGCAACCAUGCAAGAUGCAUCCUAGAUGAGCAAGGAACAGAAUCUGCAAGAAGCGUGCACCAGAAGACAGCAGUUUUGAGGGCAAUCAGCUUGGAAUCAGAGAAGAUGUCCUCUCCGAAGAAGUGGUACAGCUUUGAGCAGGGUCGGUACCGUUGUCUCAUCUGUAACUAUGAAUGCAGACAGCAGCGUAAUCUGAAGACCCACGCAUGGAAACACGCUGGCCUUGUUGACUGCUCGUACCCCAUAUUUGAAGAUGAGACCGGCUGUCCUGAGACUUUACAGAGUGCAAGUCCUCCUUUAAUUCCACCAGGUAAAGAGGACACCAUUGUAGUACUUGCAGCAGUUGGAGGAACCCAGACCCUGCACAGCUCCUCAAACCUGCAGCUAGAGCUUUGCGCUUCACCAGAAAUUAAGUAUCAUGAGGAGACACCAGCUUUGAAAACAGUGGAGACCAAAAUCCCAGUAAUCAAUCACCUUUUUUCUCUUAAAGACUCUGAGGAGCGCUUAAUGGAGGUCCAGGUAACACCAGAGGCACAAAUGGAGCUUGAGUUGGAGACUGAUAGCCAACAGGCAAGCUCCGACAGCCUCCUUUCCUCAGCGCAGAAGAUUAUCAGCUGCAGUGGCAACAGCGCCGGCCAUGUUAACGUCAUUGUGGAGCGCCUUCCCUGUGCUGAAGAACCAGUGUCAAGCAAAUCUCCUCUCAGCCCAGAAGUAGGAGGAGACAAGACUCUUCUUGCCUCUGAGGAGCAAGAGUUAGAGAGCCAACACCACCCUGUGUACUAUAAACAAAAGGAGGAUGUUGUGAUCUCCUGGAAUGGAGAAGAUGGACAACAGGGGGAGGAGACGCUAUCUUCUGAAUCUCCCUCAGAUGAAAAUGUGCCACCCGUUCGCAGGAGGACUUACUCAGAGUCUCUUCGCCUGCAUCUUUGGCAGCAGAGGUCCUGGUGGCCAUUGCCCAUGAGGGCCCCGGAGCUUAGCAAGAACACUGCAAAGGGUAUCCAUGACCGGAGUACUCAAAUCCCUGAUACAGGUCAGAGAAUGGUGGAGAUUACAGACACUGCCAACCCUAAACCAUCCUCAGGAGAGCUCAAUGAAGAUUCAACUGCUCUUAUUAACCUUCAGGGUUCAAAGGACUCCCGAGAAGUGCUAGUCGAGGGACCUUCCAAGGCAGGCAUCAGCAUGUCUCUUUUAACAGUUAUCGAGCGACUGCAGGAGCGUUCUGACCAAAACACUUCAGACGAAGACAUUCUGAAGGAAUUGCAGGACAAUGCCCAGAUCCAACAUGCUGGUGGAGUUCCUGGAGGUGUUGCUGUGUCUGGUGAUGUUUCUACAGCAGACGGUCUGGUUGAAUACAUCGCUGGGAGCGAGAGGCCCUACCGCUGCAGAUUGUGCCUCUACAGCAGCGGAAACAAGGGCUACAUCAAGCAGCACUUGCGUGUACAUAGACAAAGACAGCCCUACCAGUGCCCCAUCUGUGAGCAUAUAGCCUGUGACAGCAAGGACCUGGAACAUCACAUGAUCCAUCACUUUAAGCCCCGCUUGUAUAGCUGCAAACAGUGCACAGAGAGGUUCCACUACAAGAGUCAGCUGAGGAACCACGAGAGAGAUGGACAUGGGAUAGACGACAUCAGCAGUUCACUGACCCACGUUGAAGAAAGCACAGCAAUCAUGGAGGAAUCAGCCAAGAUGACAGAUGAAGAUCCGAUUGGUGAACAGAAUGUGUUCAAAUGUGAUGUGUGUGACUACACAGCUCCACAUAUGUUGGGGCGCAACCAUCGGCGAAUCCACAACUCUGAUAAACCAUACAGGUGCUGCAGCUGUGAUUUUCCACUAACUAAUAUGAAUAGCCUGAAGAGCCACAUGAAGAGACAUCCACAGGAAAACCAGGCCAUGCAGCUGCUGGAGCAGUACAGGUGCUCGCUGUGCGGUUACGUGUGCAGCCACCCACCCUCUCUCAAAUCCCACAUGUGGAAACAUGCUGGUGAUCAGAAUUAUAACUAUGAGCAAGUCAACAAGGCCAUCAAUGAGGCCAUUUUCCAGAGCAGCCGAUCUCCAUCUGUGAAGUCGACACCUGAGCCAGCAGUCGAGCGUCCUUACAUUGUCUUGAGCAGAAAAGACAAAGUGUCCCCUGAAGGGUCUUCGGGUUUAACCGGAGCAGAGGGCAACCCAGUGAGUGCGUCGUCCACCAGGGAUCAGAGCGGCGGGACUGUGGCAUGGCGGAGCAGCUCUGGCCAAACGCGGGCAGGUAUGGAGUACUGCGUGCUGCUCUUUUGCUGCUGUAUCUGUGGCUUCGAGUCUACCAGUAAAGAGCAGCUGAUGGAGCACAUGAAGCAGCACGAGGGAGAUCUGAUCAGCAUCAUCCUGAGCAAAGAAAAUCAGGCCACAGAAACCAGCAAAAGCCAGUAACAGAAUUCGCACAAACUGUUCUCAACAUUUCUGCUUGGACAAGCAACAUGCACAGUUUCAACACUUAUAGUUUUCUCUUUCUAUCUUAGUUUUGACAUCACAGUUAGUUUCCGUGCACGUUAAUUUCAACGAAUUGCAGCCAAAUGGGUAUCAAACGGAAUAUAGUUUUAGCAGUUCAGAAAAGGAAGGAUUGACGUUCAUUGCGAAUUAUGCAAGUGGUUCUUUUCAAAGGCAUUGUUUACCUCAUCUGUUCAGAACUUAUGUGUUAGAGUCCACCCGUUAUGAAAACGAGGCAGCUUCUCUUGUUCACUGUAAUAUUAUUUAUGUCUAUAUAUAUUUCUUAUGUGCGUUUACCUUAAAGGCAGCACUUGCCAAUGCCCUUUCUGAGUGUAGAGAGGCAGGUUUCUUGCCUCCUGUGUGUUGGUGAUAUUUAUCAAAGUAAUUUAUUGUAUAUGCAUGUUCCCCUCCGUUAUGUUCACACAAAUUAGAAAGUUUGUUUCAAAAUUAAGCUCUCUUUUUGUGGUGCUAUUGGUAUGGUGCUCAGGAAUGAGUAAGAGAGAAGUCAUCCUUGGGGAGGCAUCUAAACAUUUUAUAUAAACAGUAUAUACAGUGGAUUAAAAGGUUUUCUCAUUGAAACACAGCAGACUUGCGGAAUUGGCUCUAUUUAAAACGUACUUUUGGAAGCAUGCAGCAGAAACAAAAUGCAAAAGGAUCUAUGUAUUUAUAGAUUAUUAUUGUUAUUAUUAUUAUUAUUAUUAUUAAUAUUUAAAAAUCCAAGUCAAAACACAAUUCAAAAAUGCUAAUUAAAAUAAAGAUAUUUUAUUAUUUUUUUUAAAUCAGUAGGUUGUUAUACCUUGCAUUAUUGUGUUAUUUUGUCUUCUACUGUAAUGGUAGAAAAGUGAUGAUAAUUGGGUCAUGGUUUUAAAAUAGGAUUGUCACAAUACCAGCUAUAUUUUCCUAAUACCUCUAUUACUGUGUGGGUACAUCAUUUAUUUGUUAGGGGCUGUUCUGUUAUCAUGAUUAGUUAACAUUGAAUGU